AUGGGACGUAAUAGUGAAGCGUGUCUUGGAUUAGGUCAUAGGAAAGCCGUCGAAACGCCGCAAGUAAUACACGAAUUACGCGGACAACGGAUCCAACAGUUUAUCACUGGAAGAGACUUUGUGAUGGCUAUGAAUGAGGACAACAAUGUGUUCAGUUGGGGACACAAUUAUUACGGGCAAUCGGGCCGAAAAACUACCCUGUUUAGCAAUUAUUUAAAACCGAAAACUAUAUCGUAUUUUAAAUAUAAGACUAUAACGCAAAUCAGUUGCGGUAAUCAGCACACCCUGGCCCUCACCACCGGAGGUCUCGUGUACGGGUGGGGUCGUAAUAGCAAGGGUCAGGUAGGUUGCCAUAGUAAGGAUAUUGGAAGAGAUAAUCCAGUGUUGUUAGAAUAUGAACGCGAUUAUCAAAUCAAAUGCAUUUUCUGCUUUAAAUACAGUUCAUACGCCAUUACUAUCGACGGUAUAGUAUUCAGUUGGGGUGAUAAUAGUCACCACCAAUUAGGGCACGACAUACCGGAAAAUGUGUUGUCACCCAAAAUGAUCCCGCAGUUAAGUGCUACGAAAUGGAUUAGUUCUACUAAUUUGGAUAAUUGUAGUUCGGGAGGUUUCGGAACAGUAUUUAAAGUGAAGCAUAGAUUUGAUGAACAGAUAUAUGCCGUCAAAAGAGUGGAAUUUCAGAUCAAACAAUUAGUAAAAGUUCGCUCAGAAUAUGUGGUUCAGUAUUACAACUCGUGGCCCGAAAGUAAACACCUCUUCAUUCAGAUGGAGUUCUGUUCACAGAAUUUAAGGAAUAUUCUUCUCGAGAAACCUCAAAUCUUAGAAAGUGUUCAGUAUUUGCAUGAAUUGAAUCCACAGAUCAUUCACAGAGACCUUAAACCAGAAAACAUAUUAAUCGAUGAAAAUGUAACGAACGGCGUGGGAACUAUAAAGUACCAGGCCCCAGAGAUAGCUCAGGGUGCUGCCUAUGGUCACAAAAUUGAUAUUUAUAGUCUUGCAUUAAUUGGCGGUGAAAUAUUUGAAUUUGACCUAUUUUUUGUUGACCCUGAUAAUUCUGAAAGCCUGUACUCCGGGAAUGAAAUCCUAAACACAAAAGUAAAUGAAUUGCAAAACAUAUUGCAGUCAAUGGUUACACACGUCUGGAACCGACGGCCUGACUGUUCCCGUGUUUUACACAAAUAUAACGAUUGGGCUAUCGAUGAGACGACAAUCAUAGACAAAAAGAUCAACGAAUUGACAACAUUUAUCAAUUCACCCACAUCAAAUUUAUUUAAUAAGGUUUUAACUUGUAAGUUUAAAAAUUACACGCCUAAUAAGAACUCGGGAACCGGGUCCAAACAGGCAAUCGCACCUACACCCGCACCCACACGGGCCCUGACGGCUAUCGCACUGUACGACUACGAGUCGGCCGCCGUCGAUGAGAUCAGUUUCGAUGCCCGAGAGGUGAUCACCGACAUUGAGAUGAUAGACGAGGGCUGGUGGCGGGGCAGGUGUCGGGACAAAGUAGGCCUAUUCCCCGCUAACUAUGUACAAUUGCAACAGUAA